AUGGAAUUGAACGUCAAUCUUGCCGGGUUGAAUUUCAAACUGAAGACCAUAGGCACCAAUGAUAUUAUUCUUUGUUGGAGAAUAAACCCAGACAUUUUUGAAGGAAGCGAUUACUUCUCAUAUGUUUUCGUUGAUGUUAAAUCACAACCUAAUGAUGAGAAUGUGACAACGCUCAACGAGAGCCGCACUGCGAAAAAUGAAGUAUAUGAUCUGUCAGUAAAUAACCUUACUCCCGGGACAAACUACACCUUUAUAUAUUACGUGAAAUCGGAGAAUGGCAUUCCAAGCAAAGACAAAAAGCAAUUAUCUUCUUAUACACGACCAUUGCCACCUCCUCAGGCUGCAAAUAUCAGCAAAGUCACCCAGCAUAGUUUCGCCAUCACAUGGAAGGACGAUCAAAAUUUAAGUUAUUCCAGCUACAACAUCAUCAUUUCUCCUGCACUGGCAUCUCUCAAUGCUACAUGUGAUGACAUAGAUUUAGAAAACGGCAAUUGUUCACUACUACGCAAGGAAAAUGUAAAUGUAACAUCCUUGGUAUUUGAUGGACUCGCUCCGGGAAUACAGUAUUCAUUCGCUAUCUACACAUCAAUUGCCGGGUUAUCCAGUGAAUCUGGACUAAACACUAGUACAUAUACAAUACCACUGCUUCCAAAUAAAGUAUUCAUCCCGGAAGACAAUAUCAGCAACAACAGUUUGUGCGUAUCUUAUAAAGAUCCAGCAUCAAAUUUCACACACUGGAGUUUGAAAAUUUCUAAUAAACAUAUACCUUACACCAAUACCAUGAUGGUGCCUAUGAAUGUGUCUUCAGUUCCCUUACAUGACUUACAGCCUGGCACAGAAUACAAUAUUACUCUGCAAACACGAGUACCGGGCUUCUACAGCAUCAACAAAACGACGUUAAAAGCAUUUACAAGACCAAGUGACCUUCACUCUAUUGAUAUACCAAAACAGAUGGUGCAUACAACUCAUUUUACAGUCCAAUAUGAAGUUUGGGAUGAUAUGUACGAUUACUUCCAGUUUACAACUUGCAAUGUUUCGUGUAUUACUGAGACUCAGAUCAAGGGAAUCUUGAAGAAGACAAUUCACAAUCUUACAGCAGCUACAUUUUACAAAAUAGAAGCAUUUGCUGUAAAAAAUACAAGCAAAACAACAUUGAAAAGUAAAAACCCAGGGACAGCGACUUCUUAUUCAGCUCCCGAAAGUCCCGCUUCAGUUCUAGACACGGUUGAUUGUAAAAAUGUUACAAUAGGUCUUUCUGGGAACAAUAACAUAUUAUUCGACUAUUACAAAAUUCAGUACAACAAUAAAACUGAGAAAAUAUUUAAUCGCACUGAAGAGAGAGCAGUAUUAUCGGAACUAACGCCUGGCACUGAAUACACUUUUGUGGUUUACACAGUUCUAACUGGAAUAAAAAGUGACGGGCUUUCCACAAUAACAACAUUUACACGGCCAGGGGAUGUUCAAAAUAUCACAGCUAUAGAUUCGACCAAUGCGUCUGUACAAAUUGAAUGGAAUGAUACGCUGAUAGGACAUUAUGAUUGGUUCAAUGUAAAUGCAACUUGCCGGAGUCCUAACAAUGAAACGAAUAUGAAUAAGACAAUUCCGAUAUACAAAACAUGUAAUACAUCGACUAUUUUGUCAGACUUGGAUCCAGGAACAGUUUGUAAUAUCACAAUAGUUAGUGUUAUAGAUAAUGGUACGCAACUUUUCGGAAACAGUGUUACCAAAGUCAAUACGAGUUCAAAGGAAUCAGUCAUUCCGUCUCCUACCUCAAAUUCACGUGGAAAUGCUGACAGUUACUUGUGGAGAGCAGCGCCAGAACAUGUCGAAAUAUCAGAACAAGAGACUGAUAAAAGAACAUUAACUGUGUCUUGGAGUAAGCCUUUAAAUCCUAAUGGAAUCGUGAGGAAGUACCAAUUUCUUGUUGUUGAUAUGUUCGAGAAGGAACAUUGCUUGAAAGCAAAUUAUACAUAUUUAUGCAAACAUGAUGUGUGCAAAGAUGACGAUAACUACAAAUGCCAGGAAGCUGGAUUCACAGAACCUAAAUUGUGUGAAGAUGCUUACCAGAACUAUAGCAUGCCAUUAACAGUUGGUAAUAUGACGUUUACACAAAAGGUGGAACACUUGCACCCGUACAGAAAUUACAGUGUUACAGUCCGGGCGUAUACCAAAUGUUGGGGAAGAUACAUAUGGAAACAACUGAAAACCAAAACUGCUGUUCCGGCAGCGCCCCCGUCUAAAGAAUAUAUAAAUUUCACUGAAGACGAAAUCAUUAUAAAAUUGAAACCGCCAAAGAAAGAGGAUGCCAAUGGGGUCAUCAAAAAAUUUACAAUUAAAUAUUCAUGGAAAAAUAAAACCUGUUGGAAUUCUAAAGACGGUGAUAUAGUUGAGCAGAGAAUCCCUUGUAACGAAAUUGAUCUUCCAUGUAACGUGACACAUUUACGUCCUUACUGGUAUUAUACUAUAAAUAUGAGUGCAUCUACGUCUGAGGGAGAAGGACCCUAUGGUGGGUGCGACGGUUGCUAUCUGAGGACAAAAGAAUCAACGCCUGGUGAUAUUGAAAAUUUAACUGUGAACCCAUCUGCUGAGUCGGCGAAUUUGAGCUGGUCAUCUCCAUGCCGAACAAACGGCAUCCUAACCAAAUACACAAUAAAUCUUCGAAAUGUAGACACAAAUGAAAGCUGGACGAAUAACACCAGUUCAAAUGAGACAAAUCACACGAUAAGGAAUCUUUUACCAUAUAGCAAUUAUACUAUUAUGAUUGCUGCUAACACCAAAGUAGGUCCUGGGAAAUUUGCACAAAAUACUACUCUGCAAACAAAGAUUGAUAAAAAGACCUGA